AUGCGGUAUUUAUUUUAUGAUGCCGUACAUCCGCGCACCCCCCUUCCAUUUUUAUUUAUCAUUUUGAUCAUAACAACACUGUUCAGAGCCCCCAUGCUUCCGUACCUCAACAUCAAUGUUCGACGCAUUCUUGAGGAGCGCACCGUAGGGUUCAACAAACCAUCGUUUAAUUUGUUUCCCUUGUACAUUCUUCUCAGCGUAUCGUGCAUUGGCCUGUCCAUCGUCCUAGGUUACUUGCACAUGACCACCUUUCAGGCCGUGCUGCCCUCAUCGGGCACGAUAUCAGUUCCCAGAAAAAUGACGCUCAAUUUCUAUGUCAAAUUCCAUAACUUCACACAGAACCACAUCUUGUAUGCUCGCAGUAUCAGUAAGGACCAACUCUAUGGAAAGAAAUGGACUGAUCUUGAUCGAUGCAAACCGAUUAUCAGAGACGAGGGACAGAUCGUGUAUCCAUGCGGACUUAUCAGUGACACGCUGCCCUUUGACACCGUGGUGUUGGUGGGCAGCGAAGGACGCAUAGAGCCAUCUACGAAGGGAAUUGCGAAGGGUGCGCACAAGAAGAGAAUUAAGGCACUGUCAACCGAUGUGGCGGUGACCAAGCCGCCCAGCUGGCCCAAUAGAACGGGCACGCUUGCUACUGAACAAAGCGAUGACCAGGUUGUCGAUCUCAGCGAAAACGAACGAUUUGUGAAUUGGAUACAAAUUGCGGCAUUUUCGCGCUUCAAAAAGCUUUUCGGGCGUUUCCAUGAUCUUGAAAAGGGCGAUUACGAUGUGAUUGUGGAGAACAAAGGUGAUUUGGGGAGACGUAGCGUGCUGCUGAGAGAAAAGCGGUUGAUUGAUGUUGAUUCGUAUUGGCUGCCCGUUUAUUUGAUGGUUGGUGGCAUUUUUAUACUUUUUCCCAUCUUAUUGAAAUAGGCCGCAUACCGAUAACGCAGAGUUGGCCGUGUAUUGUGCCGUUUGAACCGGCACGUCGUUCUGCGAGUGUUAAAUAAAGCAUUCCCUCCAAA